AUGGUGCACGGCUGGCGGGGAAUCUUUGAGUACGCCGAUGGCCCCAACACCCAGGUUAUGAGUGCUGAGGAGCAAGCCUUCAGAUUUUCCGCCAAUAUUAUUAACAGAAACAGAACUUUGCUGCCCAACACGACACUAUCUUACGACAUUCAGAGGAUACACUUCCACGACAGCUUUGAAGCGACUAAGAAAGCCUGUGAUCAGCUGGCCCUGGGGGUCGUGGCAAUAUUCGGACCUUCCCAAGGCUCCUGCACCAACGCCGUCCAGUCGAUCUGCAACGCCCUGGAAGUGCCGCACAUCCAGCUCCGAUGGAAGCACCACCCUUUGGAUAACAAGGACACUUUCUACGUCAACCUGUAUCCUGACUACGCUUCUCUCAGCCACGCCAUUCUGGACCUCGUGCAGUAUUUGAAGUGGAGGUCAGCCACUGUGGUUUACGAUGACAGUACAGGCCUCAUACGGCUGCAGGAGCUCAUCAUGGCCCCGUCGAGGUACAACAUCCGCCUGAAAAUCCGGCAGCUCCCACUGGACACCGACGACGCGCGGCCGCUGCUGAAGGAGAUGAAGCGGGGCCGGGAAUUCCGCAUCAUCUUCGACUGCAGUCACCUGAUGGCAGCUCAGAUCCUCAGGCAG